AAACUAGCUACUACUCCUUGAACCUUUAAGUACUCUAGCUAGUUACUACUUGAUAUCCCAAAAGCACUUAAAAAUGGCUUCCGCCAGGGCUUUGGGAACAACUGCUUUUCUCCUCACUCUCAACCUUCUCUUUUUUACUUUGGUAAGUGCAACCUCAUCUUCACCAAAGGCCACUUGCCCUAGAGAUGCUCUCAAGUUGGGUGUGUGUGCCAACUUGCUGAAUGACUUGGUGCAUGGCGUCGUUGUAGGAGCCCCACCGAAAACACCUUGUUGUUCCCUCAUUGAGAACCUUGUUGACCUCGAGGUAGCAGUCUGCCUUUGUACCGCCAUUAAAGCUAAUGUGUUGGGUAUUAACCUCAAUGUUCCAGUAUCCUUGAGCUUGUUGGUUAACUACUGUGAAAAGGACGUUCCUUCCGGCUUCCAAUGUGCAUAGAAAGUAAAGCAUUCCAUUUUCAAGUGUAUUUUCGUUUCUUUGAUCAUGUCAUCUUUGCUCUACUUUGGGUGUGUUAAGUUUGCAUUCAUGGUGUCUCGUUAAAUGUUUAUUUGAAGUGAAAGGCUCCCCAAUAUUGCUUGUACCGUGUCAUUUCUUGUGUACAAUUGUAAUUUUAGAUCCUGUCAUAAUUAAUAUGACUGAGAUUAUUUAUAUGUAUUCAAAAUUUAUGUCAUC